AUGUCAACAUUACUAUCAAAGAUUACACUUAUUUCCUUUUCUUCUGAUCAUCAAACUGAAGCAUGGAAAAGACGUCUGUAUCAUCUGACGAAUCAUGUUGUUUUUCAAACGAAGUUAGACACAUGUUUGAGUUUUAUUCAAUCGCAUAAAGACGAGAAGUUCUUUCUAAUUAUUUCCAAUUCGCACGCCUUUCAUAUCCUACCUUAUCUUGAUACGUUAGAACAAAUUCAUUGUAUAUUUAUAUUUUGUUCCGAAAAAGAUCAAUCCGAAUAUUUGUUUCUUCAAUAUCCGAAAAUAAUUGGAUUUUAUACGGAUUCCGAUUCACUUUAUGCGUCUAUUGCCGAUCAAUUAAGUUUUAUUCAUCGACUGUCUCAUGUUUGGACCUUUUUCGAUCACAACGAAUAUUCCACCAAAGAUUUAUCAAAAUUUUCCAGUGCUUUUCUUUGGAUUCAAUUAUUACAUGAUGUGAUUUUACAAUUAUCUCGAAACGAAUAUGCAAAACAACAGCUUCUGCAUGCGUAUCGUCUAUCGGCAUUUAUAAAUGAGUUCAAAAGAAAAUAUCAAUCAGAUGACGCUUUAGAUUGGUAUUUAAAUAAUUUUUUUCUCCGAAAACUCAUUGAUACCGCUCUACAAACACAAAAUACCAAAGAACUUUACACCAUAAGAUAUUUUCUCGGUGAUUUAAUCCAAUGUCUCGAUACUCGACAUCAGCAAUACGUACAAUCGAAUACUGAUGUCCUAAUUGUUUAUCAUCGAAUGAAUUUAACGAAAAAUGAUUUCGAUAAAUUCAUCAAUAAUCAAGGCCAACUGAUGUCCAUGAAAAAAUUCCUCAUAUGCUCCUAUUCACGGCCAUUCAUAAGUCGACAAUUCUCCAGAUUGGAUGAUUCCAUUCCUGUCCUUUUCCGAAUUCAAUGUAAUAUACAGGAAACAAAAGACUACGCGACUUUCGCUGAAAUCUGCCUAUCGAAAGAAAAGCAAAUCCUGUUUCAUUUUAAUACAACAUUUCACCUGGAAAAGAUUUUUCAAGAGGAUAAUGUUUGGAUAAUAGAAAUGGAUGUUGUCAAGCAUGGACGAGAAUUAAUCAAAAAGUAUCUUUAUGAUACACGUGCCUUAUUCGAAAAUCUAUCAACUCCAGUUAUUUUCGGACGAUUGAUUUGCGAUCAGUGUCAAUGGGAUCAAUCGCAAGCAUAUUUUGAAAAUUUAUUGAAUGACUUUCAUGAGGAAGAUUCAUCUUCAAUUCAACACUGCCUUGGCCAAGUUCAUCGAUGGAAAGGAGAUUGGAUUCAGGCAAGAAAAUUUUAUGACCAAGUACUGAGCAGUCAACCAGAUUCUUCGUAUAAUUCGGCAUGUGUCCUAUCAGAUAUAGGUGAAGUAUUACAUUUACAAGGCAAAUAUGAACAAGCCUAUGAGUAUCAUCAAAAUGCAUUGUCUAUACGGAAGAAAAUUCAUUCGUCACUCGAUCAUCCACACAUUGCCACCAGUUUGGAAAAUCUUGGUCUUGUUCAUUAUCAACAAUUGAAAUACAAUGAAGCAUUGAAUUAUCUUCGACAAGCAUUAGUGAUCCGUCAAAAAUAUUUUCAUUCGUUUCAUAUUGAUAUUGCAACGAAUGUAAGAAAUAUUGGGUAUGUUCUGAUUGAUCAAGGUAAAUACGAUGAAGCUUUGAAUUAUCACCACGAAGCAAAAUCGAUCUAUGAAAAAUAUUAUCCAUUCGAUCAUAUCUAUCUAGCGUUAACUUACAAUAGUAUGGGAAAUAUUCUCUAUUUGAAGAAAAAGCAUGAUGAUGCACUCGAAUUAGUUCAACGUGCAAUUUUAAUUCAAAAGAAAUUUUAUCCACGUGGUCACAUCGAUAUAGCAACAAGUUUGAGUAAUAUUGGAAAUAUAACAUAUGGGCAAGGAAACUAUGACUUAGCUUUAGAGUUAUAUCAGCAAGUAUUGAUCAUGCAAGAAAAAUACCAGUUAGCUGAUCAUUUAGAUAACGUUUGUAUUUUGAAUAAUAUUGGUUAUAUCUUCUCUCGAGGAAAACGUUUAUACGAAGAAGCACUUGAUCAUCAUCGACGAGCUUUGACAAUGUUAGAAAUAUACUAUCCCACAUAUUCAGGACAUUUAGCCAUUAAUCUCAAUUAUAUUGGUGAUAAUUUGAAUAAACAGCGAAAGUUUUCCGAUGCGCUGAUUUACUAUCGACAAGCAUUGGACAUGCAAAAGACGUAUUAUUCAUCGGAUAAUGUUAAUAUUGCACAUACGUUAAGUAAUAUUGGCAAUAUUUUGAGUAAUCAAAAGAACAACGACGAAGCCCUUGAUUAUCAUCGACGUGCUAUGAAAAUCUAUGAAACCUAUCAUUCGUCGGAACAUAUUAGUUACGCAACGAGUCUCAAUGAUAUUGGUAAAAUAUUAUAUCGUCUCGGUAAAUGCGAUGAAGCUUUUCAACAUCACGAGAAAGCUCUGCAAAUUCAGAAGAAAUAUUACGAUUCAGACAAUGCACAUAUGGCAUUGAGUUUGAACUAUAUGGGAAAUAUUCGUAGUAGCGAGGGCAAAUACAAUGCAGCAAUUGAUUUCUACAAAAAAGCAUUGCAUAUCUAUGAAACAAAUUCGUCGUUUCGAUACUCCGACAUCGCUACAAUUCUUAGUAAUAUAGGUACGAGCUUGAACCAUCAAGAAAAAUACGAUCAAGCAUUUGAAUAUGAGCAACGCGCGUUAGAUAUUCGACAACAACAUUAUCCCCUUGGGUAUAUGAAUAUUGCUGAUAGUUUUCACUAUAUGGGGAAUAUUCGUAACAGUCAAGGAAGAUAUGACGAAGCUGUCGAUUAUUAUCGUAAACAGUUAGAUAUUUACGAUAAGUACUAUCCAUCACAUCAUUCAAACAUUGCCAAUAUACUUAGUUUUAUUGGAAGUAGUUUAAGUCGUCAAGGUAAAUAUGACGAAUCGUUUGACUCGUAUAAACUAGCAUUGAGCAUUUAUGAAGAACAUUAUCCAAAUAAUCAUAAUCAAAUUGCACGUUAUUUACAAUGGAUUGGUUUUAUUUGUUUUAUUAAGUUGAAUUAUGAACAAGCAAUCGAGUACUAUGAAAAAUCGUUACAGAUCAGGGAAGUUAAUUUCAGUUCCGACCAUUCAGCAAUACUCGAUACACUUUCAUAUUUGAGUGAAGUACAACGCGCACGAAAUGNAAUUGCACGUUAUUUACAAUGGAUUGGUUUUAUUUGUUUUAUUAAGUUGAAUUAUGAACAAGCAAUCGAGUACUAUGAAAAAUCGUUACAGAUCAGGGAGGUUAAUUUCAGUUCUAACCAUUCAGCAAUACUCGAUACACUUUCAUAUUUGAGUGAAGUACAACGCGCACGAAAUGAGUAUAAACUUGCAUUAGUUUAUGAAUUAAAGUGUUUCUUUAUACGUGAAGAAAAUCUUCCGUCUGAUCAUCAAGAUUUAGGCAAAAGUUUAUUUAAUAUUGGAACUUGUUACGAAUACUUAAAACAAUAUAGGAUUGCGCUGGAAUAUUACCAGCGAGCAUCGACUAUCUAUGCACAAUGCACAACAAUUACAUAUCAAGAUCGUCAGAAGUUAGAUUCAAUUAUACAACGAUUGAGUUCGGACGAAGUGUAA